AUGCUCAAUGAAUAAUAAAAUUGCAAUUUAUAUGGUUGUUUGCGAUAAAAGUAAAGAGAAGAAAAAAGACUCUUAUGCACUAAAUGUAUGGAUAAUUUAGAAUCUAAUUUAAAUAAUGUACUGAGUUUUUAAAAGUUGUUUCAAUAAUUGAAGAAAAUCAAAAAAGGUAGAAGUAGUGGAAUAAGCUAUUAUGGUGAAUAUCAACUAGAUCACUGA